AUGUGGCCAUUUUUCCUCAAGUUCACGGUGUCCGCUUCGCGAGUGCUGAACGUGCCCUCGGAGGAGGCAUUGAAGGCAAUCCAAGACCCGGUGUUUCUCAUCACCCUGAAUCCCCUCGUCAUUGGUUGGAGCGCGGAACCCGCAAAGCCAAACCACUAUACCAUACGCGACCGACUUUCGCUCCUCGGCUUCUUCAAGACAGUAAUAUCCUAUACAUGCGAUUUUUCCAUCCGCGAUGAUGGCGUGGACACAGAAACGCAGGCCGGUCUGGGAACGCGACUAUGGUCGAAGUGGAGAGCCCGUCCCGUGAGCGAUGAGCCAGGCAAAACCGAAGUCAGUGAGGAGACCACUGUUGAGGCAUUCUUCCUCAACAUGCCGAUGAUCACCAGAACACUCAAGGCUUCCCAUGGGGAGCUCAUGGAUAGCAUGAAGGCCAAACUAGAAGAGGGUCAUUAUACACCAAGCAGGUAUAGCCAAUACAGGCCACUACCGUAUCUUCUUCCUCUCAUUGCGGCGCUUUCGAUGUAUACCUGGACACUUGUUAGCAUCCUCCUGCCUGUCUUAGGUCUCUUUUACUGGUUAUACAAGACCUCCAAGGACCCAUAUGAUCUAUUCCAUCUAUCAUUGAACCAAAUCGGCGACGAGCCGCCGAGAACUGAAUGGUUGAACAUGGGUUUCUGGAGGAAUGCUAAGGUUUUCCCAGAAGCAUGUGAAGCAUUGGCUCUGAAACUCACGUUAGCUGCUGGCUACCGAGAGGGAGACAGAGUGCUGGACGUCGGACAUGGUACUGGGGAAUCACUCAUAUUCCUUCUGUCUUGCCCUCAUAUUCCCCGCCCUGCCACGGUUACCGGCAUUACCAGCCUCUUUAGCCACCACAAGAGGUCGUCCGAUCGUGUACAUGCCUUGCAAGCGUCGCAAACGCAAAAAUCUGAAUCAGCUUCCGUUGUCACCUUGUACCACGGAGACGCUGUAUUUAGCCCAGUCGCUUAUAAGCACCCCCUCGACCCAAAAGUGUCCACGACCUUCGAUACCAUCCUGGCAUUGGACUGUGCUUAUCAUUUCCACAGCAGGCGUGCCUUCCUGUCUCAAAGCCUCCGUAAAUUGACCAAAGGAAGGCGUAUAGCACUUACCGAUAUUUGCUUCUCUCCCGAGGCGCUAUCCAGUCGUACAAACCGACUCCUCAUCAAAGCAGCGCAUUUCAUGCCCGGCGAGAACAUUAUCUCCACAACGGACUACAUUCGUGUUAUGGAAGAGAUAGGCUACGUGGAUGUCAAGAUGGAGGAUAUCUCAGAGGACGUAUUUCCUGGUUUCAUGGGGUUCUUGAGCCCGAGAGGGUUUGCAUGGUGGCUAUCCGUUCAUAUUUUCUCUUGCUAUGUUGGACUAGGCGCAAGGUUCGUGAUCGUGUCAGGCGCUCGUGCAGAUUAG